UAUGUUCAUCUGGUUAAUGUAACGUAAAUAUUGAUUAUGUUCAUUUAUUUUUAAUAUUUAAUGAAACUGUAAAAAAUUGUAGAAAAUGGCUGGUAAUCAAGGAAAAGAAAAGGGUUUUUUUAGACAAUUGUUGAGAGGUAAUAGUUCUAGGCCUACCUUACUCAGAGGGGACCCGCAUGAGAGGGGGGUAACGGGUUCUGCUAGGAGGGCUAGGCAGGAAGAGGCUGCCAGACACAGUGAGGCCCAACGGUCGAGUACGCUGAACAAAGUGCGUACUCCUUUUGAUGACCAGGCUAACAGCCUCUAGAGUAGUUGGGGGGUUUAUAGUGAUGAUGAUAAUGAUGCUGAUGAUGUUUAGUUUCAAGGUCAUGAGUCUCGCCCAUUGGACUGGACUGUUGUUCGGGGCCCCGACGGCAGAUUUGCCCGUGGCGGCCCGAGUUCUUCUGCCGCAUCUGAGCGCGCAGGACGUAGUUUUGUCGAUAAUGAGCCGCCACGGGAGAGCAGGCCCUCACAGUUCACUAACACGGACUGGUUAGUGACAUCACCCCAGCCCGAGGGGCCGACAGAUACGCGACUGAUCCCUAGUUACGGCGGGCACAUAGCUAAACUUAUUUGUGACGGCUCCGAGCGUACGCCUCCGAUUCUGGAUUGUCGUAUUAGGAAGAGGCCGGUGGAGUCCAUCAUCCGACUGAGGGAUAUGUCCGAUGCGCUGAACGAUGUUCUACCUGCCACUUCCCUCGGCCGACUACCGGACAUUAUGCACCAGCACAUCGACUGUGCUUUGAUAUCGACGUUCGUGGAGAGGUGGCAGCCGGAUACGAACUCCUUCCACAUGCCAUGGGGGGAAAUGACGAUUAUGUUGCACGACGUGCAACGCAUAUUGGGCAUUUCUAUUGAAGGUUCUCUGCCGGCUGAGCCUUCGGAGGCGGAGUGGCAGGUUGGUAUCACCAAUCUGUUCGGGGAGCCUAUGUCUGAGCUUCGGCGUAGAGGUGCAUUCACCUGCGGCUGCGUAAGCGUUGCUGAACUGAUGCGGCUGUGUCAUAGGUCGCAGGCCAUGGAUACCCAGAUGACAGCGUACUACAUGGCUAUCGUCGGCUCUAUCUUGCUGGCGGAUAAGACCACCUUGGCGUUCUUGUACAGGCAGCUCGGAAUGGCAUCUAGGGCUGGUUGUAAGACCAUUGCGGGAUGUCUCACAUUGCUCCAGACAUGGAUCUAUGAGUACUUUCCCGCUUUCCGUCCUCAUCCUCGCCGAGAAGAUGUGCCAAACAUGACUAGGGCGGAGAUGUGGACACCGAAGAAACCAUGUCGUGAGGUGGACAGGUUGAGGGACUGCCGCAGGGUUCUUGAUUCAAUGACGGAGACUCAAGUGGAAUGGACUCCCUACAAUUCUGCUCCUGGUGCGUUGCUGAAUGAUCACCCACGCACCACCGUCAUCGGGGGUAUCACGUGCUUUGAUGUCGUCGAGGUGUAUUUACCGGAGCGGACAUUGCGACAGAUCGGGUUCGUGCAGGCUAUUCCUCCAGCUCCUAUGAGACCAGCCAAGGCUCUCCAACCGGCACACGGUACCUACUCCGUGACCUUUCCUUCUUCUGCUGUAUAUUUGGAGGCAUGAAGUAGGUUCCCCUUUAGUGCCCGCCUUGUUGAGCAGGGACUUCGUCGGGCUUCUGUUCCUUCAGAGGCUGAACCUAAUUACGUUGAAUGGUUCAGAGUGUGCUCGCACCCGUACAUAGCCCCGGACGAAGGGCCGACUUUCGCUCCU